AUGACUUCUUACAUAAAAAAGCACUGCGAGUCGAUCAGUCGCCGUGUCUCACAAGCUGCUCCUUCGAAAGCAUCUUCUGAGAAGAAGUCAUCUACCAAAAGACCCCCUUCUGGGACCUCGAACGUGGAUGAUAUGACUCAAUCAGAUCAGAAUGCCUCAAGUACAGGUGUUCCCAAAAAGGGUGCGUUUAAUGACACAUCAUCUGAACCAGCUCUGUCUAUUCUCAAAAAGGUACAUACAUUAUCUAUCGUGGCUCCAAAAGUCAAGGGAUCUCAAAAAGAAGGAAGCUCGGGUUCAGCAGAAUCAACCUUUGUCAAUACACCUUCAUCGAAAAUCUCAUCCACAUCCCAAUCAUCCAAUACUCUCCUUAACAUAAACAGAUCGAACAAAAAUGGUCCAGAUGAAAAAUAUCAAAUAAACUCUCAUCUUCUAUUCGAAAACUCUUUCCCAGGCCAUACAUUCAUCUCCGUGCAUCUUCAACGCCUACAACAUGGUAUCUAUUCUGAUGCCAAUUUACAUACUAAACAUACAAUCCAUGUAACAUUUGUUGCUCUGAGUUUUAUAUUCCAUCCUUCUACACCUGCACAUCGAUUUGAGAGUGCGGUUGUUGAUAUUAAAGUUAAGAACAAAGGGGGAUACUUGAGAUUCUUAAAAUAUGCACCGCAUCAGACUUAUGGAAAAAUUAGCACGGAGAGUUUGAAGUGGAAUUUCCAAUUAGGAGCUAGUUUGGGAAUUACGCAGGGUCCGGCAAAAGCAACGGUUAAUCCUAGUCUUUCAGAGGAGAAGAGUAAAGUUGUGGGAACUAUGAUGAAGAUACAAGGUUCAACACGCAGCACUUUUCACCACUCAACCCGCUACCCAGAUACGCUCCUUCAUUUCUCCCUCGAGGAAAAUUGUCAACAAGAAUCCGGUCUUCCGCGUGAAUUCACAUUUGUAUUUCUACUCGAACGACCGAGUGAAAAACAAUAUCCACCUGUUCAUGUAUUUCAUUCGGCAUCUAGGAUUAAGAGGCUGGAAAAUCGUAUUUCGGAAAAGUUGAGGGGGUUGAGUGAGAGAGGGGAGGGGGAAGAAUGUAUGGAAUAUGGAUUGGUUGAUUUAGCGGGGGAGAAGAGGAAGCCGAGUUUUUUUGGGAAAGGCUCUCAAAGAUUGGAUGAAGAUCUGGAGGGGAUUUUUGGGGAGUUGGAAUUUGAAAUUGGGGUUGAGCCUAAGAUAUCCAAUACCCUCUCCGUCUCCCUCCCCAUAACCCAGCAUACAGAAAUAACCAAAGUCGCCGGAGAAGUAGGACAGAAAUUCCCAACGGAGGGAACGAGGGAUAGCGCAGGGAAAGAAGAACAUGAGGAGGCGAUGGUGCAUGGACUUUAUAAUUUUGCGAAGUUGGGAGGGGCAUUUGAGGAUCAGGUUUCUUUGCCGGGAGAGAGCGUGGGGAGUAGAGUGCCGGAUGUGCCGGGUGCGGGGAAGUAG